AUGUUGUUUAUCAUAACGCACCCUUUUACCCCAAUGGUCACCGUAGCAAAAAUGUUCGGGUUUUUGUCUGCGAAAACACCGAAUAAGACAAGUGGAGGACUAUUUAUCUACAGUUUGGUUUUAGUCGCACUCUUUGUCACAAUUCUAGUAUUACGAUUUUUGGAAAAUGGGAAAAAAUCAGAACAUUCGCUUAGUAGAGUCGUUAUUUAUUUGCAUAUCAUGUGUUACGUUGCUAUUUUUUUCGCCAAUAUUUAUUCAAAUUGGUUCAAUUCAAAAAGUUUCAUUCGGAAUUUAAUCAGAUUGGAGUUUUUUGACUAUCAGAUAAAACCCGUGUUCGAAAUUGAUUAUGAUAAAAUGAGAAAUCGUUUCUAUAAAUCAUUUGGUGUUUUUUGUGUAAUGUUUUCUGUAGUGGCUACAAUUGAUUUUGUCGGGGAAAUAAUUCUGUCAAAAUUAGACUUAAUUAUUUGGAUUUCGUUUUAUUUACCUUUCAUUUAUAAUUACUUCGGGAUUUUCAUAAUUUUUUCAAUUUUAUUUCUGAUAAACGAACGUUUUAAUUGUUUAAAAACUACCUUAAUUAAAAUGUUGCGUGGAGAAAGCUUGCUUGAUUUCAAACAAUUCACCCAUUUAUUUGUGGAAUUGAACGAAAUUUGUGAUUCAAUGAUUGUGAAUUUUUCGUUACAAAUUGCAACAACAUUUCUUAUGGUUUUUGUUAAUAUAACAACAAAUUUGUAUUUGAUGUUAAAAAUUAAAUUGAGUACGAUUCAUUAUGUCAUGAAUAUUAAUUUUUUUCUCGUACAUUUGGGUCAAGUAAUUUUGAUUAUUUUUGUAUUUUAUUUGACAAAUAAUAAAAUUCGAAAAAUUGUCUCACUUUCACCCAGAAUUUUUUCGAUCCAAGGUAAAACAAAAACUAAUCUUAAAGAACAAAUUGAGUGUUAUUUUUUGAUUAAAGAAAAUUGUGCUCAUAUGAGUGUUUUCGGAAUGUUUCAUUUGGAUCCUUCUGUAUUACUUUCCAUGGGAGCUUCAAUUGUGUCAUAUUUAAUCAUUCUGAUCCAAUUUACCGACAGUAUGCCCUCUGAAGCUAAGAUAAGAAAUUAUCAUGAAAGUACCUUGCGCAUAAGAAACAAUUAA